AUGCCCGGCUCCUUGGCCUCAAGUGAGACAGAAGAAUCUUACGGACCAAGCAGCUCCAUCACGCGCUCGGAGGAUGAAACAGAUAAUGCGGACAGCUCUGCUUCUGGUGGUGAUGCUAACAUGGCACUGCGCAGUGAUGAUGAAGUUUUUCAGGCUUCAGACGGAGAGGCCGCUAUGGCACCAGAGCUCAGCUGCCGCUCGCCUCUGUCACGGACCACAGCUCUCUCGGAACGGGAGCACCACUUCCAGCUCAAGCGGCAAUCCUUUGUUGAAGAGCUCCUCAAAGGCCUUUGCUGGAAACAGCUGGAGCGGGAGCUCAAGGAGAAAUUUCCGAUCAAGCAGGCCUCGGCUCAGCUUCGCGAGUACCGCAAGGGCCAUGGCAGGGAUCCAUCGAGAACUUUGCUGUACAAUGUUUCGGAGUAUUUAUCUCCGGAGCGACGCGGAGACCUGGAGCAUAUGUCUGCGGCGCUCAGAUGCAUGCUGGUGGAAGACAUGCUGGCCAAUGACUUGGAAUGGCUGGAGCGAUUGCCUGAGGGGCCCAUGCCGGAUCGCCUGGUGGCCAUGCAGUUCUUCCAACGAGCGAUCUAUGCCUCGUUAUUGGAGCAGGCAGGGGCGGCCGAUGCGGCGAUGGUGGCUCAUUUGUCGGUGGAGUUGGCGUCCAACACCUUCUAUAGGCCGGCGAUGCGGCUGCUCUGGCCGCUCCUUUCAAGCCAGCAGCAGCUGGCAGUGCAGCAGUGGUUCUUCCGUUUCAGUGCGCACAUGGACGAGCAGCCUCGACCUGAGCCGGCCUCGUCCUCUUCGGGGCCCAGCCACGACCCCGGCGGCGAAAGCGACAUCGGCCAGGCCCUGCUCUUCUUCCUGCUGUUCCAGCUGUACCAGGCCACCCUGGUCCCAAGUCCAGGGAUACCUUCCGUGGUUUGCGCACAGCCUGGGCGCUGUCAGGGCUUGUUCUAUUACAUCUGCUAUCUGAACCCCCUGGAGCUUCAGAUUCUGCGCUCCAUCGCGUUACCGCAAACGCGAACAGUAACGGUGUUUUACAAGCUCCACCUAGACAGCCCAAACCCGUCAGGAUACACCAAGUUUAAAGGUCGCUGGUGGAGUGCUUCCCAGCUGGGCUGUGAGAUGAAGCCUCUCGAGCGAGCGGAAUCUGGAGCUCAACACAAGGCUUCAGACGUCUGCAGGAUUGAGGCUGAUCCCAGCAUUGACUUGGUUGUUGGCUAUCAGUAUGCCUGGUCUGUGUUGUUUCUGGGAGACCUGAAUACCAGCUUUAGCACCGAAGGUUCCAUGGUCGGUAGAGGGAUACACCAGCGUCUAGGCCCACUGCCAAACCUGCCCCACCCACGAUUUCCCGACGCCGGGUCCGCGACUUAUGUCUACAACACCCCACCCUUCCAGACAGAUUUCGCCACGAAGUGGGCGGCCACUGCCACACUGCCACGCGGGCUGCCGCUUGCACCGCGUCUGACCGAUGACCAGCCGGUCCUGCGCUUAUGGCGCUUGCGCACCACCAUCCGCGAACUUACGUCCAACAAGAAGCUUCGAUUUGCCAGGAUGCUACAAGAAGCCUCGGACGCAGCCCCCGGACUGCAAAGGGUCUAUCAAAUCCUACGAGCCUUUGCACCCAAAACACCCAAGCGCAAGCUUCAGCUUCGGGCGGCCAAUGGGAUGCCACUCUGCAUUGCGGACACUGUGGCAACCAUUCGUAGUUUCUACGAUGAUCUUUAUCAUCAGCCACUCGCGAACAUGCCUCACAUGCACCCGCCUGACCAUCCCCUGCAGAUUGAGCUAGGGGAAUUCCAGGCCUCUUUGGCCACCCUGCCGGCUGGCAAGGCAUUGCCUCCUCAUGAGGCUCCUUCCCUCCUCUGGAGGCUUGCCUCCGACACUUUGUCAGGUCGUCUUCUGCCUGCUGUCAACCACUGGUUGGCACACAUGCCUCUCCCCCCACCUUCUGAGUGGCACAUCGCCGACAUAUGCCUGUUGCCCAAACCUCACAAGCCCGUGGCGGGCCCAGAAACAUUAAGACCCAUUUCAUUAUUGCACCCGGUAGCCAAGGCUCUUGCCACCAUCAUCAAUGGUCGCAUCAAGCCUCACCUCCUGGCGCUGGUAGAUGGCCUUCCCCAGUUUUCAUAUUUAGAAGGACGUUCGGUGCAGGAUGCCCUCGACCGGGCCAUGGCUCAUUGCACCAGAGUGCGUUCCAUUCUAAAUGCGCAGCGGCAGAAUGUUCAUCUUAAAAAGCAGGGCCACACUCCAUCUUCUUGCCGAGGAGGGCUCACCUUAUCGCUAGACCUCCAGCAGGCUUUUGACCUCAUGCCUCGUGACCGGCUCCUAGAAGCCAUGCAACUUGCGGGUAUAGACUACAGUCUACAGUAUGCCAUCAUGCAGUUGCACCUACAUGCGCAGAUGCGAAUCACGCACGGUGGUCAGUCUGCUGCCAUCGACACAGCUAAUGGUGUCAGACAAGGGUGUGGCUUAGCUCCCUCAUUGUGGUGCUUGUUUACGUGUCUGAUUCUUCAACAUGUCAGCACGCAAGUUGCGCUCUCCGACACUACUGCCUACGCCGACGACUUUUUGUUUCAAUGGAUAGUAAAUACGCCCGCGCAGUUCGAUCAAGCCUGCGAGCAUAUUUCCUUCAUACUUCGCACUUUUGCACAUUUUGGCAUGAAGGUCAGCCACACCAAAACUGUGGUGCUCAUGGCCCUGAAAGGCCCUCUGGCUGGAUCCACUGCGCGGGCGCACGUCCGUAGAGACCCGCAGAAAGGAGCGAAUGCGCCACUCGUGGGCGGCCUUCAACCGACUGUUGCCAACGCUGAGGACGGCGGCGCCUCGUUGCUCCGCAAGCAUGUGGUGCGACAGCUACGCAUUCUGACGCAUGCCCCUACUCGCCUGGUUGCUGUUGCCAAGCCCCUGGACCCUAAGCCCUGCCCGGUCUGUGGUCUCUACUACCCCGACAUGAGGCAUGCCAACGUGUCGCCAUUGCUCAUGGCAAUUCACAACCUGGCCGUCGUUUUGCCCAGCAUGGAGGCCCCGAACCAGCCGAUCCCCACGGAGGCGGACCUCAUCUCGGCGGAGGCUCAGAUGAAGCUGAUGCAGAACAUGAUGGCGACAGCCACGGACCCCAAGCAGCUGGGGACAGCCAUUCCCAGCGGACCGGACAGCCAGGGCCCCGCGGAGAUGGACACUUCCUUCAGGGACAAGAGGGCAGCUGCAGAGGGAGACGGGGAGGAGCCGACAGCGACUGGCAGGCCUCGUCUGGCGCUAGAGACCGCGGAGGAUCAGCCGGAUCACUCGGGCAAAGGGUACCAGAAAUGGCCCCGCCUGGACUCCAAGGGCAACACAAGGGAAUCCAGAGAUGGUUUCGACUGGCAGCGCGACCACCGCGAUCAACGCAGCCGACCUCGCCAAGCACGCCAGCCCAGCUAUUGGGGAGGUGCCCGGAGAUCGGAACGAUCCGACCGUACCGACAGGAACGAGCGCUCCCGCGACACGGAGCAGGCACUGCUCAACCUCUGCUCGGCGCUGACCAAUCUGAGCCUGAGGCACGAGGAUCAGAUGUCCAUCAACCGCUCCCAGUCGAACUACAUUAUGUUCCUGCAGACCAAGGGGAUGCUCACUGUGGUGCCGGAGAUGGUCAAGGGUAUCCAGACAUGGAAGGAGGCCAGAGAGCAACAGCCAGGAACCAUCACGCUUCCUCUCCGGACUUUCCUGAUGGGGAACUGGCUGAAGCUGCUGCGCACCCGCUUCGAAGCCUGCCUGGCUACGGAGGAAGCCCGCAAACAGGCUAUGGAGAUGCUGGUUCUGGAUCCCUCCGGAGCGGUCCCCUACCUGGAGUGGGAUGCACAGGCCAAGGCCAUGAAAAUCAAGAAGGACCGGGAGCCCAUGACUCCCGACCAGAUCCUGGAGCUCGUUCGCCAGAUGGAGGCCAUGAUAUUGGCCCCGCAUGGAAUCAUGCGGUUCCACGCGACGAGGAAGCUCAGCUGGAAUGUUUCGGGGGAAGUCGUCCCUAUGAUGCUGGAGCUGGGAAUCCGGACACAGGAAGCCCACAAGCUGUGGGAGAGCUUCGGACGAUUGAGUCACAGCGGGGCGACCAGGGUGGUGUCCACCUCCUUGAGGGGAGACAAGAUGGGGCGAUCGGCCCUUGCCAACACGGUGCAGAGGCUCUCCGGAGAGCUGUCCGGUCGGGUGGCCGCUGACUUCCUCGGCAGGGGUCUGAGGCAGAUCUGCCAGUGGCUUUGCACACGCCAGCCUGGAGCCUCGAUUGCGCUCUGGCAGCACAUUGCAUGGCGUGCUUUGCACAGUGGUUGGGCGGAGCCACACCGCCAGCACGAUGUGUUCGAGUAUUUAGGCUACCUUAGACCUAAGCUGGGUUCGGAUGUCACACUAGGCCGGUGGCAGUGUCGUCAAAUGCAAGAUGCACACAUCACAUUGCUUGACGAAGGCACCACGUGGCCUCUGCUCUUGCCGGCGCAGCUGUCCGCGCUGGAAGCUCGGACAAACGCUGCAUUGACUUUGCAGCACUUGGUGGAUGAGUGGGAGUGCUCUCAGGCUGGCCUACACGGCAUGACACAUGCGCCUGUAGCCUUGCUGGUCCAGAUCAAUAGGUUUGAGGUUAGUCCCGAGGGUACCCUAAAGGUUGCAACGUCGCUUCAGCCGGACCCCUACCUCAUGAUACCCACUUUCCUGCACGAUCUGGACCAUGCAGCCCCGCUGGCCCUGCAGUACAGGCGGUACUGCCGAGUUGCCGCGAUUUUGCAUCUAGGCGACAGUCCACAUGCCGGUCACUAUAGAGCCAUACUUUAUGGGGAUAUCCUAGGUGACUUCAUAACGGAUGAUAACCAGUGUGCUGCCCUGCUCAGCCCGGAACAAGCUCUCAGGUACCAGCCACAGCUUUAUGCAUUCCUUUACAGGCUCUGUGACGUGCACUAG